GCCGCGCGCCUGGAGCAGAUCACCUCAAGACGCGGACGGGGAAGGUGCUCCCGGGACUCCAGCGACAACCACCAUGAAGAUUUCCAGGACGUGGCUGAUGGUGUUGCUGCUGGUGGGCGCGGCGUGCGCCGAGGGCCAGAAGAAGGCCGCCGAGGCCGAGAAGGCGGUGGCCUCGGAGGCCGCGGCCAUGAGCGGCGAGGACGACGACGACGGCGGCGAGGGCGAGGCGGUGCACACGGCCGAGAGCAGGCCACUGCAGCCGCUUCCGGUUCUGCUGCAGCAGCAACAGCAGCAACAGCAGCAACAGCAGCAACAGCAGCAGCAGCAGCAGGUGGCCGAGGACCGACUAGACGACCGGGAUAAGAGGCAGCUCCCCGGGCAGCAGCAGUACCUGCAGCGCCUGCCCAACCUCGGCGGCGCUCCUCCCCAGGGCUUCCGCUCGGCGCCCGUCCGCGAGCGCGACUAUGAGGGCUUCCAGCCGUCCAACGCGCUGUCCUCCACCGCGUCUCCCGUGCACCUGGUGCGCCAGUCCACCCAGCCCCAGCCCGUGCAGGUCACGUACCGCGCCACCCCGUCGCCGCAGCUCAUCUCUGGCCUGCCGCAGGGGCUGCAGGGCGUGCCCCAGGGCCUGGGCCAGCAGUACCGCAGCACGGCGCUGCCCAGCCCCACGCCCUCCGCCGCGCCACUGCAGCGCCGGCCCGCCCAGCAGCAGGUCUACAGCCGGCCGCAGCCCUCGCGCCAGCAGUACGCCGACCUCCAGCAGGUGUCUGAGGAGGCCACCUCCGAGGAGCUGGAGCCCGAAAAGGAGGAGCCCGACCGCCUGACCGAGCUGCUGCCGCACUCCAAGUUCGCGUGCCAGGGCCGCGGCACCGGCUACUACGCCGACGAGGGCCUGUCCUGCGAGGUGUUCCACUACUGCCAGGACGGCGCGCGCCACUCGUGGAUCUGCCCGGAGGGCUUCACCUUCCACCAGGUGCACCUCAUCUGCAUGCCGCCCAGCAACGAGAACAUCUGCACCAAGUCGUCGUCCUUCUUCUUCGUCAACGACUACCUGUACCGGCCCAUCAACGAGGAGGAGGUGCAGCGUAAGCCCAACGUGUCCCUGCGGUACUCGGACCGGUACUACCCCCAGAACUACUACGACGAGGAGGGCCUGAACCAGCCCCAGCAGCAGCAGUACCAGCAGCAGAGCCAGCACCAGUACCAGCAGCAGAGCCAGCACGUGCCCCAGCGCGUGCCCCUGCAGCAGGGCCUGCCCCAGCGCCGCGUGGCCGCCGCACCCGCGCCCUCGCAGCAGCAGCAGCAGCAGCAGGUGCAGUACCAGUCCACCGCGCGGCCCGCACCCGCCGCCAUCCAGCUGCAGCCCUCCUACAGGCAGGCCAGCCCCAACAACCAGGUGUUCCACUCCCCCGAGGAGGUCAACAUCCCCCUGCAGCUGAGGAGACCGACCGCCACGACGGCGAGGAGCUUCCAGCCCACCGCGGCCCCGGCCUCCGACGAGUACGAGGACGACGAGCCCGUGUACCGGCAGGGAUAGGAGAGGAGGGGCCAAAGACUUUGAGCUGCGAGGAGUAAGCGUGAAUUUAAAUGUGGAAAUGUUAGUCCGGUCGCGCGGAGAACGGAGCUCCGCCUGCAUCACCCACCUCACCAGGACGCAGGGCAGGACGCGACGCGUGUGUGAGAGUGUGCCUGUCUUAUGAUGUUGCAUUCGGUUAGUGUACUUUGGACUUAAGUUAUUGUUUUCUCGUAAAGUCACAAUGACGACUGCUCAAACAACAUGAAUGUGACACGGCCUCUGCGGCUUUAAAUUAUUUUUAUACGUGUGUAUGUGUGUGCGUGCGUUUGGGUGUUCUUAAUUUGAAAAAUUCUUGCAAUGUGGUUCGCCCUGGGGAGAUGGAUGCAUUUUAUUGGCAGCCGUUUAUACCCAGAGCGGCUGCGUUCUCUUCGGCCUGUGUUGGUGAGUUAUUUAUAUAAAUGAUGUGAGACUGUUGUGCUGUGUGCAUGUGUGUGCGUGUAGAGAACCCUUUUUUGUAAAAAGAGUGAUGAUCCUAUAUUUUGUAAGAUAAACCAUAAAUAAAAACACGACGACUGUUUUCAA